CCGACAUUUGCUUUCAAUUCCGGUCUCAUGACGAACAACCAGCUCACCGUUCAAACAUGUCACGUUCUCAACGAACACUUUUGUUCGCCAUUUUGUUUGACUGACAGGUGACGUUUGCUGCUGCGUUAUUUUUGCUUAACUUUCAGUGACGUCAUGGAAACCACGCUAAGUAUGAAGAAGAAGAAGAAGAAAAAGAUGCGUUCGAAGACCGGGUUGAAAACGCCCAAACAUCUGAAAAAGACCUACUGUUUGUUGUGCUCUGUAUUUCACUUCAAGUCUGAGGCUUUGGAUCAUGUGCACAGUAUCCAGCAUCACCAAGAGAUGGACAACUUUUUGGGGACGGUUUCGUGCCACCAUUGCCAGGCGUGCAACAAGUUUUGCAUGCUUCUGGACGAGUUUGCUCAGCACAUCUUCACCCCUCAACACAGAGCCAACCUCGUGAUGCUCAAGGCCAGAAUGGUGCAGCCUUUUGGGCUGUCGCAGAUUAUUGAUGCAGCCACCAUGGCGAAGCUGAAGCAGAGGAAUAGGAAGUGCAGGAGCAGGCGGGCAAAACUCAGAAAGAAAAUGUGCACACAUGUUCAGACCUUUCAAACAAGGAACAGCCAUAGAGAUGAUGGUUUUGCUUGUGUUGAAAAUAAGACGAUCCUCCCUCAAGGAACAGAAGCAACUCCAGAGAAGCCGGGAAAACAGUCCGCGCCUGCUGACAGCUCUUCUGUUCAUAGCGUGCAGAGCAGAAGGGAGACUCAUGACUUCUGCUAUGAUCAUAGCCUCUGUGCCACAUACAGCAAAGGGCAUGUCUUCCGGCAAAACGGAGAUUCAAUUGAUCUUACGAGUGAGGAUCUUCCUGAGGAUGAAGGUCUCCUCCUCAAGGAUUCCGGAGUGGAGCCAAAGGCAGUGUCCGACGCCCCUGUAGCAUCAACGCCCAUGCACAAUGUGGGCGAAAUGCUGUGGCAAAUCCGACGGGAGCUGGGUGUGAGAGAGCCAUGCCGGGCCGACCGUGAAGCACGGAAGAAGAAUCCAGAGUGGACUGUUCAGAAGGCAGCUGAGAUUCCCCGCAAGAAGGUUCCACCUGCUUCUCUGGGGUCGGCACAAGUCAGAACUGCGGUGACAGAGAAUAAGGCGGAGCCACAGCGGAGCAGCAGACGGACAUCGUACGCUUCAGACAGAACGGAAAUGGUGCCGUCAGUGAGAGGCAAUAUAACUAGCACCCAACUGAAGGAGAAGGAGUCAAGCUAUGAACUGCAGAACUUCAUGACCUCUGGAGGGAAGCAGAAUCCGUCCUGGUCUGAGAUAUAUAAUCAGCUCAAAAGAAGCAAGCAGAAGAAGCUGAGAUUGGGACGUAAAGUGGUGACUCCACAACCUGAACCACCAGUGCAGAUAGAAGACGACGCUGAGCUGCCACUCUCAGAGGGAUUCCAAUGGGAGUCGAUUCCAGGUAGUCCAGUGGAACCGGACCCUCCAGCUCAGGACCUUGUCAAUGAACCCCCACCUUCGGAGACUGCAUCACCACCGAGGGCCGUGGAGUCGGCAACCAUGGAGCCGGUCACCGUGGAGCCGGCAACCGUGGAGCUGGAGAACAUUGAACAGUGUGAAAACGCCAGUCAAACUGUUGCAGCGGAUGUGAAAACAGAACAACCACUGAGCGAGUCCCAGGUGAAAGAAGAGAGAAACUGUGAGGAGAGAAGACACGGCUCUCAGGCUGGCAGGGAUCCAAAUGAAAAGACGAUGAAAACGGAGUCCAACAAUGAACCGAGCCGAAUGGACCAGCUCCUGGCGGUGUCUCUGCGUGAGGAGGAUUUGAGUAAAUCACUGGACAAGGUGGAGAGGUCUCUGGAAGUUGCCCGGCAUGUUCUGCAAGCUGCUCAUGAAAAAGUCCAGCAGCUUCUUCUGCUCAAGGCUCAGUUUUCCACUGAAGUCAGCUCUCUGAGAACCAAACGUAUCAAGAUCCUACAGGGGAUGAAAGAAGGCUCCCCGGGAGAUAAUGCUUCAGCCACUGCUGUGGUGGUUGAUAAUGAUGAUACCAAGCCUCAUCUCACUCACACUCCACUCAAACCAGAGACCUGCCAGCCAGCAGCCGGAAGUCCCAACAUCCACCAUCCGUCGCCUCUUCCAGCUCCCGCCGCCGCCUCCUCCGUCACUCCCAUGCACCCUUCACCCGAGGAGCCAGGAAGCGUGGUGUCAGAUGAGGUAAUCUUUGUGGAUGUGGUGUCUAAAGGAAGGAAGAGAUCCGCUCCUCGUCCUCUCACCCGAGGUGUUGAGUUUGUUGAGGAGACACCAUGCGAGUCUGUGGUCAUCAUUGAUGAGUCAGAUCAAGAGGACUCACUGGGGGUGAAGGCAAACAUCCCAGUUCCUCAGGAAGUGAAGCAGGAGAACGUCGAGGCCAAGAUUCCUAAAUGUGAGCCAUCAGCUGCAGCUUCACAAGUGCCGGUGAUCCCCGUUGAGACGUUAGCCGUUGGAGCGUUUCAGUGCCACAGCGAUGCUGUUCACGCCCUGCAAGUCCACAACGGGCUUCUGUUCACCGGUUCGGCUGACAACACAGCUCGAGCCUACAGCCUCACGAGCAAGGACAUGGUGGCGGUUUUUGAAGGGCACACGGACAAGAUCAACGCUCUUGUGGUGUCCAGUUUCCUAAAUCUUCCUGCUCGACUCUACACCGGCUCCAGUGAUCAGACCGUGCGCUGUUGGAGCUUGAAGACCAACAAGUGUCUGGAGGAGAUCCAUUUGCCCGACGGGGUUCUGUGUCUGCACAGCGCCUGGAAUGUUCUCUUCAUCGGGCUCGGUAACGGCUCUGUCGUCAGUUUAGAUCUGAGGACGCAGAAGCCGCUGGACGUGUUCGACUGUCACGGUCCGAGAGGCAUCAGCUGCCUGGGGACCGCUGUGGAAGGAGCUCGGCGCCUCUUGCUGGUGGGUUCGUACGACAGCACCAUCAGCAUACGUGACGCUAGGAACGGGCUGCUGCUGCUGCGUUCGUUGAAGGGACACGCCAAGACUGUCCUCUCUAUGACGGUGGUUAAUGACCUGGUCUUCAGCGGUUCAAGUGACUCGGCAGUUAAAGUGCACAACAUCCACGUGAGUCGUAGCAUUAUGACCUCUGGAUCAUUGUUCAGAUUUUGUCUUAUAAAAAUGAAAUAUUUGCUCCAUCCUGUGUGGCAGUGGUCAGUAGCCCCCACUGUGUUUCCAGAAAGCUCAGGAUUUAACCAUGAUUUACCAUUAUACAAGUCUGAUGGUCUUAACCUUCUUGAGGCUACUGUUUCCCCUUCACAUGAUCCUUUCAGUCCGGUGAGCCCGUGCGCUCCUACAAGGGCCACACUCAGGCCGUCACAGCCAUCGCCGUCCUCGGUCAGGUGAUGCUCACCGCCUGCAUGGAUCAGUGGGUCAGAGUUUUCGACCUCCAUUCCCAUGAGCGCCUGCAGGUGUACGCCGGCCACUCGGACAUGUUGAUGUGCAUGGUGGUCCAUGACAGCGUGAUCUACACUGGGUGUCAUGACGGAUCCGUCCAGGCCGUGCUGCUGAACCUGAGACAGAACCACCGCUGCUGG